UCGCUACCUGUACGAUGUAUGUCGUCCGCCGAGAGACCCAGGAGACCCAGGAAGCCAAGGAACCUGAUGGAUUCCCGCCCAUUAUCAUCACUCUGCCGUUUCUUUUUCUUUUCCCUCUGGACCCUUCCCGCCCUUCCGCCCCUCCUUCCGCCUGCAACCGAGUCGUUGAUUCUUUCUUUCUUUCUUUCUUUCUUAUACCUUGCGCCCGCGUUGAUCUUCCACGGCCUCCCCAUCAUCCUCCUCCUCCUUCCGCUCCCUAUGUAAACCCGUCUUGGCCGAGUUUAACGCCUCUGCCGCACAUCUCACCUCACUUUACUGUACCUACUCACCGUCCUCACCAUUCGCCCACCUCUUGCAUAUCUGCCAAGAACAUUAGCAACACACACACACACACACACACACACACACACACGCAUACACGCACAUAUUACCCAUAUUACCCAACGGGCCAACUCUCGUCGAGGUGAGGUAACAGCAUCAUGACUGAACAGGAAGUCGUGUCACGCUCGCCGAGCACGCUCUCGCGCUUCGCUCACAAGUUCACCUCGCCACUGAAGUCAACAUCAGCCAGCCCGACUGUUUCCACACACACCAAGACGACAGUCUACGAGAAGAAGUCACCCACCUCGAGCUCCACCAGCCAGUCAAGAAAAUCCAGCAAGUCCAGCACAGGGCGUAGCCCAGCACGGAGCGGCGAGCUGAAGCGCCAAGAACGCGGCGAGAAACUCCUGCGUCGACAGGAAGAAGAGCGCCAGCUUGAGGAACGUCGCAGGAGGGAGUAUGACGAAGCCCGCCGCGCCGAAGACGACGAGACCCGCGCCCGCUAUGGAGAGGGCGACGAGACAGAAUACCCGACCGAGUUGACGACCAUCGGUGAGGCCGUCAAGCUGGACGUCGGCACCAAGGUGACGUUCCGCGCAAGAAUCCACACCCAGCGUAACAUCUCGAAGCACCUCGACUUCAUCCUCUUCCGCGACCAGACCGACACGAUUCAGGGAGUCCUGGCGGACACAACGCCCAACAUGGUCAAAUGGGUCCAGAGACUGCAUCCGGAGUCUAUUGUCCAGGUGUCUGGCACUCUGCAGAAGCCGCUGCAAAAUGUCAAGUCGGCACACUAUCACGAUAUCGAGGUGGACGUUCACUCUAUCCACCUACUCAACCCUGCCAAGGCCCCUCCGUUCAGCAACUAUCUACCCCCGGAUAGCAUGAACUUCCGCAUGAACAACCGUAUCCUCGACCUGAGGCACCCCAGCAAUCAGGCGCUUUUCCGCGUGCGCGCUAUGAUAACGCGCAAGUUCCGCGAGACGCUCGACAACAGCGGCUUCAUCGAGAUCCAGACUCCCAAGCUGCAGCCCGCCGCCACCGAGAGCGGUGCCGAAGUCUUUAAACUCAACUACUUUGGAAGGCGAGCUUUCUUGGCACAGAGUCCCCAGCUGGCCAAGCAGAUGGCCAUCUCUGCCGACUUUGGCAAGGUGUAUGAGAUCGGCCCCGUGUUCCGCGCCGAAAACUCCAAUACCCACCGCCACUUGACUGAGUAUACAGGCCUUGACAUCGAAAUGAAGAUUCACAAGCACUACCACGAGAUCAUCAAAGUUCUCGAUCAGACCUUGAAGAACAUUUUCGCCGCUGUCCACUCGAUGCCUGAGCUUAAGAUUAUCCGCGAGCGCUUCCCAAGCGAAGACCUCGUAUGGUUGGACGAGACUCCCAUCAUUCCAUUCCCCGAGGGUUUGCAGAUGCUGCGCGACGACGGCCGCGACGUUGCAGACGAAGAUCUCUCAACGCCCGACGAGAUUCGCCUGGGCGAAUUGGUCAAGGAAAAGUACGGAACCGAUUACUACAUCCUCGACAAGUUCCCCGCCAAUGCUCGCCCGUUCUAUACCCAAAAGGCCGAGGACCCCUUCUGGACCAACUCGUUCGACAUCUUCGUCCGUGGCCAGGAGAUUUGCACGGGCGGCCAGCGUAUCAACGACCCCGAGGAAUUGCGCAAGAACAUGGCAGAGAAGGGCAUCUCGGAGGACGACAUGGCCGAAUACCUGACGGCUUUCGACCUCGGUGCUCCCCCGCACGGCGGUGCCGGACUCGGACUGGAUCGUGUUGUGUUCCUGCUCCUCAACUUGGGUGACGUUCGAUACGGUACCCUGUUCUACCGCGACCCAAAGUCCCUGCCCUCGCGCUCAUUCAGCCUGCCGCACCCGGCCGCCGACACCACCAAGGCAUGGGCAGGCAAGGAGUUGCCACCGCUGGAGGAGCUGAUUGCCAACUACGGCGACGCCUCCAACACGUCGUGGCUCGACGAGCGAUUCGAGAUCUGGCGCCACGGAAGCGGCGCCGCGGUCGGUUAUGUCAAGCAGGGCAAGUUCGCCAUGGUCACCGGAGACCCGCUCUGCGAUCGUGGCCAAUACGAGGAGGUCAUCCCGGCGUUUGUUGAGUUUGUCACCAAGGAGCUCAAACUGACGCCCGUGUGGAUGCUGGUGUCCAACAAGGUGCAGGAGAUACUCGGACGCCGCAUCGGCUGGCGCACCAUGAGCUGCACCGUCGAGCAGCGGGCUGACGCAGACCAACAUACGACGCCCGACGGCCGUGCCGCUAGGAGGGUCAAGCGAGAGGGCAUCAAGGUCCACGAGCUUAAGCCCGAUGAGGACUUUAUGAGACGCGCAGACCAGUCCAUCGAGGCAUGGAAGGAGAAGCGCAAGGGCAAGAAGCAGGUCCAUCUCACCGAGAUCCGGCCCUGGAUCGACCAGGCCCACCGACGCUACUUCGCCGCCGAGAAGGACGGCAAGGUUCUGUGCAUGGUCGUCCUCGCACAGCUCGCGCCCAGGCACGGCUGGCAGAUCAAGUGGGCGCUCGACUUCCCCGACGCGCCCAACGGCACCAUCGAGGUGCUUGUCGAGUAUGCCUUGUCAUGCAUCUCGGGCCCCGUAACUUUUGGCGUUGGUGUCAGCGACCGUUUCGUACCCGGCGAGCACCUCCACGGCGUCCGGGCCAAAUUCCUAAGCAAGACGUACGCCGGUAUUGUUAAGAGCCUCGGGCUUGGCAAGAAGGCCGAAUUUCGAGACAAGUUUGGCGUCCUCGGCGAGCAGGUAUACAUCUGCUACCCGCGUCGUGGCGUCACGCUCUUCGACCUCAAGGAGAUCGUCAAGUUCUUCAUGGAUGAAGAACAAGCCAAAUAAGCUGUUUCAACUACUAAUGAAGGGGAAGGAAAUAUACAGGAGACGGUUAAUGAAUAGCACGGCAUGCUUGAGGUUUUUGUUACAUCUACAUUGACAACACUGCGUUUAGAUACCUUUCUGUUAUGUAUUUUAUCCUUUGUAGAUGAUGAUACCAGCGUAGAUCGCACUGAGUUCCUUUUGUCAUAGCACAUAUCCAUAGCAAUCAUCAUAGCAUGUUUCACAGCAUUGGUCAGUCAGUCUGGCCGUAUUCAUCAAGAGCCAGUGACCUGGAGUUGGAGGAGCAGUUCGAGUGAUUCAAAAGUGAAGCGAUGAGACCGAGUGCUUCUUGGCUAGUUCAAAAUUUCAGGUCAGUAUUUCAUUCUGCUUCUUUUCAUUUCAAGGGGGUUUUCGUAACUUGUGACCUAACACCUCAGCGUCUAACAUUGAAAUACUCUCGUCAACCCCCCGAUCGCAACCUUCACGGAUUAGCAGAAGUGCCUGUCUUCAAGACGUGUCUUGAUGGUGUUCAUGAUACGUUCGUGGCGGUACAACAAUCUGGAUAUCGUACAUUGCAGAAUCAGACCUGCUCCCCUUCUCAUUCUUUCCGCCUUGUUCACCUCCACGAGACUCCUCUUACCCCAACAUCAACAUUCAAGAGGAGCAAGCGUCUUUGAGCGAAAUUACCAAUUAUCCCAAGCCUCUGAUCCAAC